AUGCCCCCUCGUCGUCGCGCAGCUGCCUCUAAUGCAGGCCAGCCCACGCUCUCCUUCGGUACCCAGUCCCGAGUGUCGAAACCGUCGACUGCCCCCCGCCACGUCGGAAAGAACCUCGAGGAACCGGCGGCUUCAACGGCGUCUCCGACCCCAGAGCCCCAAGAAGUCUCAAACCCCCAUGUCGCCGAGCUGGCCGUACGGCAUCAGGCCGCGGCCGCCAUCCAAGAGCCACGAUCAAAGGAGGAUCAGCGGGCGUUGAAGUUGAGCAAGCAGGACCUGAACCGAUACUGGAAGAAGGAAGAACAAGGCCGCUUGGCACCGCAGAUCCACCAAAAGGGCCUGGAUGUAGAGGAGAAGAUUCUCCGUCAUUUCGACCUGUCUAGUCAAUUUGGGCCUUGCAUCGGCAUCGCCCGGCUCAAGCGAUGGCGCCGUGCCAACCGACUGAAUCUUAACCCUCCUCUCGAGGUCCUGGCCGUUCUAUUGAAAAAUGAAUCAGUCAAGGAACGAGCGCAUAUGGAUGAGCUACUCUCGUGA